GUCAAAAAGAGGAAUGACGCCAAAAAAUGAUAAUUAAGCGAUUAGCAAGAGUGGUUUGCAAAUCUACCCUACGCCACCUACCGGCCCCGUCAUACGCGGCUCACGUUAGCAAUACAACCAUGAAAAAACGGUGGCUAUGUGGCUUCGUCCCCGAAAUCAGCCGCUUUUUCUCUUUUUAUUUUCCAUUACUUUUCUUCCACGUGUCAUCCACGACGGUGCCCCCACCACCCUCCGCCACCACCGCUUAAGCCUUUUCCCUUUAAUUACCAACUCUGCUAAUAUGCGCUUUUAUCUAACACCUUAACCUCCGCCACCAACCAUUAUCAUGCGCCUCUCCUCCACUCUCUCUCUCUCUCUCCCUUAUCUCCUCGUUAUUACGUGAAAUCGCCGCCGCGAAAAGCCAUCGCAUCACAGCCAACAUUUUUUUUUUUCUCGAGAUCUAACUUUCUCCAACCCCUCAAUUUCUGAUUUUAUCUAUAUCGAUCAUGUCCGAUCCGGAAUCUCCGUUGAAUCAUGAUCCAAUUCCCGAUCCAUCCCGGGUGCGGAUCCAAUCGUCUCCGCCGCUAGCUCUCCUCCCGCCGCCACCAUCUUCCUCCGCUCUAGACAAUGCUUUGGAGGAUCCGGCUUCCGCUACCGAUGUGAAGAUCGCCUCCGUCCCGGCGACUUCCAAGAGCUCCAGGCGAUUACCUCCGCCGUGCUGGUCUCUCGAGGAGACGACCGCGCUUAUUGACGCGUAUCGAGACAAAUGGUACGCUCUGAACCGUGGAAACCUCAAGGCGAAUCACUGGGAGGAAGUCGCGGAAGCGGUCGCAGCUAAUUGUCCCGAUGCGACGCCGAAAAAAACGGCGGUUCAGUGCCGGCACAAGAUGGAGAAGCUCCGGAAACGGUACCGUACCGAGAUCCAGCGAACCAGAUCUGUGCCGGUGGCGAGGUUUAUAUCUUCUUGGGUCCACUUUAAGCGAAUGGAAGCCAUGGAGAAUCGACCGGAGACCAAACAGGGUAACGAAAGUGGAAACGAGGAGGAAGACGAUGGCAAUUACGCCGCUCGGUAUCAAUUCAGCGGCGGAGGUUCGGUGGCGAGGACAACACCGAGGUUCUUUAAUAGGAAUGGUACCGCCGGAUCUGGUGGUGGCGGAGGUAGCAGCAGCGGCGGAAUUAGAAUUCGGAUACCGACGGGAGUGAGUAUAGCACAGUCCGGGCCGAGAUUUCCCGGUAAGAUCGAUCCGAAAUACACGGCGAGUCCAAGUCUCGGUGUCAGUGGGAAUCCGAGACCUGGUCGUCUGGGAGCGGGAUCCAGUUACGGAGCUAGAGUUGUGAGAAUCCCUGAAGGAGGAGAAGAUAGAGCAGGGAAACGAGGAAGGGAGAUGAUGAUGAUGAAGACGGAGGAGGAUGAUGAUGAUGAUCCAAUGGUUGAGAUAGCGAGUGCGAUCAAGCUACUUGGAGAUACGUUGCUGAGAACAGAGCAGACGAAGAUGGAGAUGACGAGAGAGAUAGAAGCGAUGAGGAUGGAGAUGGAGAUGAAGAGGACGAAGAUGAUACUGGAAUCGCAACAAAGAAUAGUAGAAGCAUUUGCUAAAAGCAUGUCAGAAAAUGUGGAGGAGACGAAGAAGAAGAAAGCUAGAAGAAUAUCUUCGUCAUUAGCCACUGACUCGUGAUCAAAAAGGCCGUAACUUUUAUGUGUGAUUCUCAGAAUUUUAGAUUUGUGGAAAUCCAAAGAGCUGAAUCUUUGUCCUUCAGUUUCUAACACCAGUAAUGUUUAUGUUAUAAAGUGUAUAAAUUUCGGAAGUUCCGAAGCACCUCUUGUUAUAAAUUAUUUUAGCGUUUUGGUA